AUGACGAGUAGGAUAUACUCAGAGGUUGUGAAACACGUCCUAAGUCUAAAUUUCAUAACAAGCAACUUAUAUUGUUUAGCGGAGCAAAUAUCUAGACUGCGAGCGUCGCAGUCACCGAUCGCGAUCUCGCUGAGCCGAUGCCCCACGUGGUCCUCACUCGACCCCCUCCGAUUCAGAGGCUACUGGGACAGCGGCGAGAAGGCGAUAUUACUGAACAAUGGAUCUACUGCGUACUUUACUUUCACGGAUCAGUCCGUACGGCCAAUCCUGAGCGGCGGCCCACUACUUGGCGAGUAUAUCUUUGAGCAGAUGCACUUCCACUGGUCAGUGGACGACUUCACUGGUUGUGAACACGUGCUGGAUGGACACGGAUAUGCAGCGGAAUGCCAUUUCGUCCACUAUAACAGCAAGUACGGUUCUCUAGAAGCGGCCGUGGGCCACCCGGACGGUCUCGCAGUAGUAGGAUUCUUAUUGGAGACGGUAGACGCUCCUAACCCCAGAUUUGACAGGCUGGUUGAAGGUUUGGAAGCUAUUAAGAAGAACGAGUCAGUCAAGAAUGUCACGUCAGAAGCGUUAUCCUGGAUGGACUCCGACGACCUUUCCGAGGGUAGCUACGUCACCUACAAGGGCUCUCUGACGACGCCGCCCUACACAGAAUGCGUUACGUGGAUCAUUUAUGAAAGACCUGUACAAGUCGGAGCUGAACAGUUGAGCCUCUUGCGCCAGCUAGAAGGUCCAAACAGCGAGCCGAUCGAGCGCAACGUGCGCCCCACGCAGAGGCAUCCGCCCGGACACUCCGUCAUCUAUGUCAAACAAGUCAAGUCCAAGCUAUGAUGGUGCAAUAAAGUAGUUUAUCGUGUUAUUAUAUUAUAUAUUAAUUUUGUUUUUUCAUUUA